AUGAUUUAACAAUUAGAAGAAUUAUUUUCAGAAACCCCUUAAUAUAACUAAUUGUAUUGGAUAUUAGGCCAAUACAACAACACUUAUGUGAUUGGUCCUAACGGGGUUGGGAAAACAACUGCAGUUCAUUUUUGUUUAGAUAAACUCAAAAUACCAUAUAGAAGGAUUAAUAUGAUGUAGGUAAAAAUUAUUAGUAUUAUUUAGUGUUUGACAAAAUAAAGUUUAUUAUAAGCAAUUGUUAAUGAGAUUAGUGAAUUAUGGAAUCAAGAAUUAACAAAAAUAAGCAAAUUUAGUGAACUAAUUAUUAGAUUAAACACAAUAAUAUCAACAUCUAAUUAAAAGAAUAGACGGUAUAAUUUAUCAUUCAUAAUUAGGGCAUAUAUAAUUAUUGAUGCUCCAUAAUAUCCUUAAAUUGAAUUUAUUUAUUUGUAAAAAUUAUUCGCGCUUUCAGAAAUUAAAUCCAAAACUUGCUCAGUUAAUUUUAUAUUUAUAUGUAAUCAACUACCAAACAUUAUUGAAAUGCCUUUGGGAAUUACCAUGAUCUUUCAAUCAUUUGAUGAAGAAUUAUAGAUAAGAAUUAUAUAUGCUCACAUUAUGUACAGAGCAAUUAUGCUUGAGGAUUAUUAGGUAUAAAAAUAAGAUAAUGUUCGAGCAUUUGCAGGAUAAGUAGCAAAAGAUGUUUUCGUUACAUUUUCUAUAAUCACAACUAAUUUAAAUAAUUUAAUUUAAAUUGCUGUAGGUUUAUUUGAAAAUUUUAUUUAUUAAUGUGUAAAUUUAACAAAUGAGGAAUAAACAUAGAUAAGAUAGCAAUAUUUAAUUGCAAGAAAAUUAUUAUUUGAAAAUCCUUUUUUAUAAAUAAAUUCAAAAGAAUUUAAAGAUCUAAUAGAAGAAGUUGAAUCAUAAAAAAAUCCACAAUAAAAAUCCAUAUAGGAAUCUAAAAAAUAAUAGGCAGAAACUAAAACAGCUAUUUAAACAUUAGAAAUUUCAAAAAUAAAAUUACCAAAAUUGCCUUCUUUGAUCCUUUUAUCUUCUUAUUAUGCUUCUAGAAAUCCUGAAAAAACAGAUGGAACUAUAUUUAGAGAUCUUAAAAAAAAUAAAAGGUAAUCCAAAGUUAAAGAAUAGUUAAAAGUUAAAUAAAAAGUAUCUCUUUAUAGAUUAAUCGCCAUUACAUAAUCCUUAAUGUCAAUUAAUGACAUCAAGGAAUUUUCAAUAGAGAAAUAACAAUUCAAUUAAUCAGUAUAAUUCUAUUAAUAAAUAUAAUUAUUAAGUGAUCAAGGAUUUAUCAAAAUUCACCAUAAAAAAGAUGAUAUUUUGAACAAAAUAAAAUUAGAAUGUUAAAUAACUGAAAAAUAGGCAUUCGAUCUUGCUGCUGAACUUAACAUUUAAUUCAAUGAAUUUUUAUCUGCAUUUUGA